GAAGUCGGGAUAUCAGUUUAGAAGAUGAGACACAGUCUAAGGAGAUAAGAUACAGAGAUAAGGAUAGUAUAUCAGGAUCUCCAGAUAAGAAUAAGAUAAGAUAGGAGAAGAUAAGGGAUGGUGAUGGAUGAACCGAAGUUUGCGACUGUAGUAGCGACACACGACUUUGAUCCGGGAACUCUGGGGCUCAACAGAGCAAAGAGCCGUACCCUCCUUGUAUAUAAAGGCGACAAGUUCAAAGUGUUUUCCAUCCCCAACAGGGAGUGGUGGGGUGCAAGGUGCCUGGGUAACGAUACCAUCGGCUACAUCCCCUCUGCUUACGUCAAACCUAUCGAUCCAGCGGAUCAAGAGCACAUAAACAGCAGACAGUCAGACAUGGACAUCGCCGCAAUCGCAGCUAUCGCCAAAGAGGUGAAAAUCAACGCCAGAGCCAAACAGACUGCCACAGACAAGAAAAGCACGGAGCUGUCAAACGUGUUAGCAGCACGACAGAAGGGAACAGCAGGCCCUAUUAAACAAAGAAAGGAGCACAAGGUAGACCCCAACGAUGGUAUGUCGUCGGAACUGCAGAAAAUGCUCGCUAAGAGAAACAAAAUCAUCGAAGAGGACGAAGAAGUCAGGACCAAAGAAACCAACCGACCCGAGCUUUUCAAAGCAAUGAAACAUCGAAACAUUGCAAUCGCCCAAGACGAGGUUAAACCGGAGGAGCCUGCCGCUCAGAACGCCGAUGCUGACGACCAAGGGGACAACUACGACGACGAGGGUCCGUACAGUGACGAGGAAUACAGCGACAGCGACUACUCUGACGAGGAGUCCUGAACACUUAACACUCAGAUAAAACGACGGACAUGCUCACAGACGGACAUGCUCAGCUGGACUAGUUGUGGUGCAUAGCUAAUUGUUAUUAAAUCCAGAUUUCUUGAUUAGGGCUGGCCAAAUUAUAAGAUUCCAAAUUGAAAUGUAAAUGUCAUAUGAAAUUUGUAAUAUUACCUAAUUUUAUUGCCUGGUAUUGAAAUAAAGUGAUUGGAUUUUUGAUUUUUAUAAAAUCGAAGUGUCUUGUUGCCUGAUUGGCGGGGUCAAUCAAGGAUGUUCUCGAACCUUCGCAGAUCUCAUGUUUGACAUUUUACAGCAAUAUGUUUUAGUGCCUUUACCAACGCUCAAUUUUCUCUAGAUGAAUAUGAUUUUUGACGGUUCUUAUAAAAUGAUUUUCACGUGACGUGCUGACUAAUUGACUAAUUUACAAUAAUUAUUGAUUGUUUUUAUAUAUAUAUUACGGAGAUUGAUCUCUCGAAUUUUCUAUAAACGACUAA